GGAACGUUCUUCGUGAUGUUUCAGGGGAGGGGAGUUGAACGACGACGCACCAGGAAACCAGCCGGUGCGUGUUUGAAGGAGACUUGACAGCAGAAUGAAAUCUGAGUGGAUUUACUGACCGUUAAUUUCAGUACAUUUGUAAUUAAUCUGCUGUGGUUUGUGAUGUCAUAAUCAUGAACGCUCCUCGUCACCUGUUUCGGAUCCAGUGCAAUGUGUGCGUUGCACGGUUUCUGGGGACACCGAGUGUACAACGAGUGAUCCAGAGUGGCGGAGCACAUCUGCAACCCCCUGGAUCGCAGCACAGCAGUGGCCAGUUUUUGAGGUCACUCCAUCGCAGUGCAGUUUGUUCCACGAGUCGUCCAAACCAGCCAGAGUUUGAAAAGGCAGUUGAACAUUCAACGCACCAUAAAGAAAAAACUUUGAUCACACACGAUGAUUUAUUUGAGCGAGCUACUACAGACUCCAAGACCAAGGCUGAUUUUAACAGGGUCGUGGAUGUUUUCAACAAGGCGGACAUUCGGCGAAGAGGACAUGUGGAGUUUAUUUAUGCUGCCCUGAAGAAGAUGCCUGAGUUUGGAGUUGAACGAGACAUUGCCGUUUACAACAGACUCCUAGACGUGUUUCCGAAAGAGGUGUUUGUGCCACAGAACUUCAUACAGAGGAUGUUCAACCACUACCCACGACAGCAAGAGUGUGGAGUACAGCUGCUGGAGCAGAUGGAGAAUUAUGGUAUCAUACCCAAUGUAGAGACCAAGGUUUUAUUGGCUCAGAUAUUUGGGGAAAAGAGUCAUCCCAUGAGGAAGUACCAGCGUAUGAUGUACUGGUUUCCCAGAUUCAAGAACGUAAACCCCUUCCCCGUCCCACACGUGCUCCCCAGUGACCCGGUUGAACUCGCUCGAUUCAGUCUUGCCCGGAUUGCAGAUGACCCGGAUGCUAAAGUAACAAUCUAUCAGUAUCCGUCAACAGACAUCACAGAGACAGGACAAGAAGUCACACGUCCCCAUAUUCUAGGUAUUCAAAGUCCAGACCAGCGCUCUCUCCUGGCUAAACACAAUCCCUGCAGGCCUGUUUAUGUGGAAGGCCCAUUUCCACUGUGGCUCAGGAAGACUUGUGUUCAUUAUUUCCUACUUAGGGCUGACCCUAUACCACCUGAGGAAAAGGUUGAGGAACACAUUGACCCUGAGCUGAUUGGUCCAGAGCAGAGUCUCUUCUAUCCUCAGCGAGUGGAACUUGACCUGGAAAGAGACAUUGGUGAUGAUCAGAGUUUCAAUGUGGAUGACGUGGAAGAGGGGCUGGUUUACGCCAUGUGUAUGACCGGUCAGGGUGACCAAGCCACUCUGUCUCAGUGGAUUUCUGGUCUACAGGAGACAUGUCCCAUAUUGGGCCAGAUCCCCACUGUGUUUCGAUUGGAAACUGGACCUCGAGAACUGCAAACCUCGUCAGAUGCUCAGCAAACCCCUGAGCAGGAGGUUGAAAUAGAUCAAAUCACUGAAGACGAACCACAGCGCUCACAAAGAGUGAACCAGUGAGAGUUCAGUGUCACAAUGCCAUGCAUUUUAUUAAAGGGAUACUCCACUUUUUUGGAAAUAAGCUCAUUUUACAACUCCCCCAGAGUUAAGCAGUUGAGUUUUACCGUUUUCGAAUCCAUUCAGCCGAUUUUCUGGU